GUGUUUGCCUUGCGUAACAGUUCCAUGUACCAGAGUAUAUAAGGCAACAGACUGAGGCGGCAACAUGUGACUAGCUUGCAAGAUGGCAACUGGAAGGGACGCGUUGCUGCUGUGCUUGAUUCUCACCAUCCAGGUCACAGCGCUUGUAGCUACUGAACAAAAAGUAGAGCAACCAGAAGUGGUGACCAAAUAUGGGACAGUCCGAGGGUACCAAUUCAAAGUAGACGCAGCUGAGAAGAGUGUGAACAUCUUUUUGGGAGUUCCUUUUGCUAAGCCCCCAGUUGGAGCACUGAGGUUUUCGGAACCCCAGCCACCUGAGCCAUGGAAAGGUGUCAGAGAUGCCACGUCCUACCCACCAAUGUGUCUACAGGAUGAAAAAGGACAGUUUGCUUCGGACUAUGUUACUAAUAGAAAAGAAAAAGUUAUUCUGCAAGUGUCUGAAGAUUGCCUAUAUCUAAAUGUGUAUACACCCAUUUCUACAGGAAAACAGGAAAAGCUGCCUGUCUUUGUAUGGAUCCAUGGUGGUGGAUUAACUCUUGGAGCAGCUUCAUCAUAUGAUGGUUCAGCAUUAGCAGCCUUUGACAACGUGGUAGUUGUAACAAUUCAGUACAGAUUAGGUAUUCUUGGAUAUUUUAGCACUGGAGAUAAGCAUGCCCGAGGUAACUGGGGCUAUUUAGAUCAAGUAGCAGCUCUUCAGUGGAUUCAGGAAAAUAUCAUGCAUUUUGGAGGAGAUCCAGGAUCCGUCACUAUCGCUGGAGAAUCUGCAGGAGGAAUCAGCGUUUCUGCUCUUAUCUUAUCUCCCCUGGCAAAGGGCUUGUUCCAUAAGGCCAUUUCAGAGAGUGGUACUGCAGCCACGGCUUUCUUCACUGACCAUCCUGAGGAGAAAGCACAAAGCAUUGCUACUGCCUCUGGCUGUGAAAAACCCAGUUCAGCUGCCAUAGUUGAAUGCUUAAGAGAAAAAACAGAAGAAGAGAUAGUACAGGCAAUGCUAAAACUGCCUCCCAUGUUCAUCAGUGCGUGUAGAGAUGGGGUGUUUUUUCCAAAGAGUCCCGAGCAAUUACUGUCUGAAAAAGAGAUCAAUGCAGUCCCAUAUAUAAUAGGAGUAAAUAACUGUGAAUUUGGAUAUAUAAUUCCUAGGAUUAUGAACUUCCCUGCUUACACAGAUGGUCUGGAUGAAGAUGCUGCACGUCAAGUUUUACAGACCUUCUUAGCAUUAUCAUCUAAGGAUGUUACUUCUGAAUUUGUUGAUCGGAUAUACCAUGAAUACACAGGGAAUGCAAAAAACCCUGCUGAAGUACGAGAUGGCCUUCUUGAUGCAUUAGGAGAUUCUUUUUUUCUUCUUUCAUCCAUUGAAGUGGCUAGAUACCAUAGAGAUGCUGGCAACCCAGUCUACUUCUAUGAGUUUCAACAUCGACCAAGUUCAGGGGCAGGUGUUAUUCCAGAGUUUGUAAAAGCAGAUCAUUCAGAUGAGAUUGCCUUUGUCUUUGGAAAGCCAUUCUUAGCUGGGCAUGCUACAGAAGAAGAAGAAAAACUUAGCAGAACUGUUAUGAGAUACUGGACUAACUUUGCUAGAAAUGGAAAUCCCAAUGGAGAAGGCUUGGUCCAUUGGCCUCAGUACAAUCUGGAUGAAGGAUACCUGGAAAUAGACCUCACACAAAAGGCAGCAAAGAAAUUGAAAGAACACAGAGUGGAUUUUUGGAUACAGCUCACAAAAGAAACGAUGAAUGAAAGGAGAGAACACACAGAUUUGUAAGAGUUGUGGAGGGUACAGUUUGCUUUCAAAAUCUGAAGUAAAGUCUAACAAACUUAUUUUGUCAGGAUGUAGAAUUUAAUAAUCACCUUCUAACUCACUAUUAUGUAAUCUGUUGUCAUGAUCACAGGGAAAGGAGAGAAUCAAGGGAAAUGUGGAAUGUUUGUGGGACUAAAAAUCACUAUUUAAUGAAGCAAGCAGAAAACCCCCACAAUCUUUCAGGCUCAAGAAGACCUUCGUAUCUACUUAGUGGGUAUGCAAACUGAAUAAUGCUCAUGUGAGAAGGGGGAAUGAGGGAAAAAUUGGCAGACAUUGAAAUCUGUAAAAAAUUAUCUAUAUGGAAUAUAUCGUGUCAGACAUAUGUUAUAUACUUAUUCCCCUCUUGUUCCAGACAAGAAUGGUCAGAUAUCAUUCUUACAGCCUCUUUCCACUUUCUUUAAUUGGAAAUAGCUUGUAGGGAACACAGCAUCCAUCAAAAAAAACAUCAGUCAGAUGGGCUUGACAUCUCACAAACAAGGACAGAAGAUCUCUACUUGUUUUCUUGUUUUGUAAAGUGUUAUAAAUAAAUGUUGCUUUUGAUUUUUUGUAA